CAGUCUGCGUGUGCCGCUCAUCCACUGGUUUUGGUGACCGAAUGUUCAAUUUCCGCUUCGAUCGUCAGUGCGUUGUCGGUGUAUGAUAACAACAAGAGGACAAAAAAACUAUUUACAUAUUAGUUGUGCGUUUCGUGGUGUACACCAUUGUAGGGGGAAGUUGAGGAGGAAGUGAAGACGUAGGGUUGAAGAGACAGCAUCCGAACGACAAGAUGAAAACCGUCAUCGCGACCGCCUUGCUGCUCUUCGCGGUGAAGCUGAGCAGCCAGCAGUGUUUCUCACCCAACGACAACGAGCUACCCAAUCGAAGAACCCGUGCCGAACUUUACGGUGGACAACAGGAGUUCUCCCUGACUCUACUUAAUGCCAUCAACAAGCUGAUGCCCAACGAAAAUCUGUUCUUCUCGCCCUAUUCCACGUACCAUGCCCUGUUGAUCACCUACUUCAUGUCCGGCAAGCAAACGGAAAGUUAUUUGAAGAAGGUUUUGAGGUUUAAGCCCGACGAGGGAAAAAUCGACAUCGUCAACGCUUACAAAGUGGACAAAUUCCAAACUCAAUUGAUGGCACGCGAUGCCCCAUUCGAGUUCACCAACGCCAACAGAAUUUACGUGGCUGACAACAUCCCGAUUAGGGACUGCAUCAAACCCCUGUUCCACGAAGAACUGGCUGAAACCGAUUUCAUAAAGGAUCCUGAAGCUGCCCGUGCCGGCAUUAACCGUUGGGUCGAAAACGCCACCCACAACAUGAUCAAAGACUUGAUUCCACCGGGUACCAUCGACGCUUCCACCAGCUUAGUUCUGGUCAAUGCAGCCUACUUCAAGGGUGUUUGGGAGAACAAAUUCGAUCCCGACUUAACCAAGAAGGAAGUCUUCUAUGUCAGUCCCACGAAACAGAUUAUGGUGGACAUGAUGCACGUCGAAGGAUCUUUCGGUCACGACGUUUCUGAAAAGUUGGGAGCCCACAUUUUGGAACUGCCUUAUCAAGGAAACAAGAUCAGCAUGUACAUACUUCUUCCACCCUUCACCAAAGAAAACAACAUCGAAGCCACAUUGAAGAAUCUCACAUUGGAGAACUUCGUAAGCAUCAUAAACUCAGAAACCCUCAUCUCUAAGACUGUGCAAGUGGCCCUCCCCAAGUUCAGUUUGGAAACAACUGUGGAGUUGGUGCCGAUCCUGGAGAACCUUGGCGUUGGGAACCUGUUCCGCGACGACGCCGACUUCUCGUCGCUGACUAACAAGAAGAUCACGGUGGCCGAGGGCGUGCACAAGGCGCGCAUCGACAUCAACGAGAUGGGUUCGCACGCCGCCGCCGCCACCGCCAUUUUCAGCUGGAGGAUGGGCGACGAGGAGGAGACGCUCCAGUUCAAGUGCAACAGGCCGUUCGUCUACUUUAUCUACAACAAGAAGGCGCACACCAUUCUGUUUGCCGGCAUCUUCAAAAAGCCUCCCGCUUAAUUAAAUUACGGGGUGGCUUACAGGGUUUUGGUUCCUUGUUAAUUUAAUUCUCAACAGAUCUGUACUUAAAAUCGGAGCUCGUCGAUCAAAUUAACCAAGACCUUUAACGUCAACCUCAGAGUUUUAGCAGUAAAUGUAAAAACAAUACCAAUUAAGAUUAGCGGACUGCUCUUUUAAUAAUUAUGUUUGUAUAUUCCAACUGUAAGUUAUGUAGGUACAAAAAAAAUAAUUUAACCCUUAAGUUAUAUCUACAAAUGUACUUGUAUAAUAUAAGUUUUACCGUAAUAAUGUAUUAUAUACAUUAAACCUGAAUGGAAGAAAUAAACAAAAACAAUAUGUAAUUAA